GAUGAGGGGGACGCCGCUUGGCCAAAUUGCCAAGAAGAACGCACCCAGCCAGGUACUCCUCAAAAGUCUAAUGAACGACAGUAGCAGCUGCUGCACCUGUAGAAGAAGCUACUCCCUGUUUAGCAACAAAAUUUGGACUCCAACUGAGGACAUAAUAUAUCGGAAGAACCUCGAUGUCAUUUGCCAAAGCCAUGUGUUCUUCUACACCGUUCUGAAUGUAGAUCGGUAUAGCCACUUUCUACCCUACGUCACGAAAAGCAAAAUAACGGACAAGGCAGAGGAGCACUUCAGGGCCUUCCUCCAAAUUGAGAAUCUCUUUUUCAAGGAAUCAUACGACUCAGUCAUUCGGUUCAAGGUGCCUACCACCGUCAAGGUCUCCAGCGCAGACACGAACCUGUUUAAUCACUUGACCACAGAAUGGAUCAUUGAAGAAAAAACGGGCUGCAUCAACGUCGACUUUUACAUAAGCUUUCGGCUAAAGAACAAGGUUUAUCAAAACUUCAUGCGCAUGUACAUACAAGAAAUGGGAAAGAAGAUACUCUAUGCCUUCAUUAGGGAGGCGCGUGUGAACAGCUUGAGAAAUGUCGAUAUGCUGUUCCGGCACCUGCUUCAGCGGUG